UUCUUAUAAUAAAUGAUUCACUAUGCGACUGUCCGAUACUCUGAUACAAGUUAAAGAAUCUUAGUACACGUUAACAAACUUCGUCUCCCUCAAAAAAUGGAGCGAUGAUCUAGAUUCUUGCACGAUCAACUAUCAAUUACUGGAAAGUAUUCAUAUAUUUCCUGAAUAUUCAUAGCUCUCAAGUCUCUAUAGUCUGCACUAAAAUGGAGGCAGUACAUACUGCUACAGCUUUUUAUCGCCCCUUCGUUUCAUUACCCUCAUUUCCCACUUCUGUCUCCACCAAACUCAUGUAUGUUUCUUUCCAUCAUUCUAAGCAUUUCCCUCAUUUCAAACCCCACAAACAGUUUUCUGUUCAAGCCUCUAAAAACAAGCAUCACGAAUACUCAGAUAAUAAAACAGAAGAGUUGUUGAAAGAUAGAGAUGAUAAUCCAGAAGGGAUUGAUUUAGGAUGGUUGCCUGUUUUUCCUCAUGUAUUGACAGCAUCCAUGGCUAAUUUUCUUUUUGGUUAUCACAUUGGAGUCAUGAAUGGUCCUAUUGUGUCAGUGGCACGAGAACUUGGUUUUGAGGGAAACUCUAUUAUAGAAGGUCUAGUAGUGAGUAUAUUUAUUGCUGGUGCCUUCAUUGGAAGUCUUGCUUCUGGCUUUUUGGUUGACAAAUUUGGCUGUCGACGCACACUUCAGAUUGACACAGUGCCAUUGAUUAUUGGUGCAAUUUUGAGCGCAGAAGCACACUCUGUUGAUCAAGUACUUUGGGGAAGAUUCCUCGUUGGUCUUGGUAUUGGGGUGAACACAGUUCUUGUUCCAAUUUACAUAUCAGAGGUUGCUCCGACGAAAUAUAGGGGAUCUCUGGGAUCUUUGUGUCAAAUUGGAACUUGUCUUGGGAUUAUAGCUUCUUUAUUUAUAGCGAUUCCAGCAGAAAAUGAUCCACAUUGGUGGAGGACAAUGCUAUAUGUUGCGAGUGUCCCUGGGUUUAUUCUUACAAUUGGAAUGCAGUUUGCAGCAGAGAGCCCUCGUUGGUUAUGUAAAAUGGGGAGACUUGAUGAUGCUAAAUCCAUCAUUCGUAGCCUUUGGGGCCCCACAGAAGUUGAUAGUGCUAUAGAAGAGUUCCUGUCAGUAUUCAAUAAAGAUGAGGGAAAUAUCAACACGACUUGGUCGGAACUUUUUGAGGAGUCUAACUAUAAAGUUGCACUUAUAGGAGGGGCACUUUUCCUACUGCAACAAUUUGCAGGGAUUAAUGGGGUUCUUUACUUUUCAUCUUUGACCUUCCAAGAUUUUGGGCUUUCAAGUGCUGCUUUAGCAAGCCUAUAUGUUGGGCUCACCAACUUUGCAGGUGCUCUUUCUGCAUUGUACUUGAUUGAUAAGCAAGGAAGGAGAAAACUUCUCAUUGGAAGUUAUAUUGGAAUGGCUGUUUCAAUGUUUCUUAUUGUGUCUGCUAUCAGCUUCCCAGAUGAGGAUGUCAGUCACAACUUGUCUAUACUGGGUACAUUGGGGUACAUAUACUCGUUUGCAGUUGGAGCUGGCCCAGUAACUGGCAUUAUUAUUCCAGAACUCAGCAGCAGUAGGAUGCGAGGAAAAAUUAUGAGUUUCAGUUUCUCUGUGCAUUGGAUCACGGUGAUUGUCUAGAAAUUAUUGAACUUGCUUAUGUGAUGCUUCUCAGGUCUGCAACUUCCUUGUGGGUCUGUUUUUCCUCGAGUUAGUAAGAAACUUCGGUGUUGGUCCAAUCUAUAUGGGUUUUGGUGGAGUGUCGUUGCUAUCAGCAAUAUUUUGCUAUUCCUUCAUAAUCGAAACUAAGGGACGGUCACUUGAGGAGAUUGAAUUGUCAUUACGGUCUGAGCUCCCUGGACGCGGCAACUGAUAUUACUGAAUACUGAUUAUGCGUGAAAAGCUUGGUUACAACUCGUAAAGUCGUUAUCAGAUGGAAAAAAUGCACGAUCAUUAUUUUCUUCUCCAAAACGGGUUAUAUGAUUGUAUAUUUGUACAUUCCUCCGCUGCACAGUUAUAUGAUUGUAUAUCUACGGAAUGUGUCUCUUGUUUAAUAUUCUCCGACCGGGAACAAACUCCUUGCUAAUUGGAGCUGGAAGCUGGAUUAUGGUGCCUAGUUGUGCUCUUUUCCGACCUACUUGAAGACGAUCACAGUAAGUCCAAAUCUGCUGAAGUUUAUCAACAGCAUAGCAAUGGAAAUUAUUUUAUGUACCGUGGAACAGUGAUCCAGCAAGGUAUAUGGGGUGUUUUUAAAGCACACAAGUGUAAUAUACUCAAAUAUAUUCAAAUUAUUUUAUGUAAUAUAUUCAAAGUAUGUUUUGUGAUUACGUAGUACGCAGAUGGAAAUGUAAGGCCAAGUAAUAAUUGAAUUUAAAAUAUUACAAAAAGUGGUAUUUAAUCCAACUGAGUUAAAACUCAA